AUGCGUCGGGGAAGUCGCUCUGGGAGGUUUUCACACCAGAAGAGUUUACUGCUGAAUGCAUUUAUCUACUUUGGGAUGCAUUCAAAUAACCUUCAUAUAAACCUGACUCUACAGAAGGUUCAUGAAGAGUACGUUCUGACAGAGACCUGCAGAGGACUAGACCUGCAGCAGCUCUGGCUCAGUCUGAGGCUGGACCUGCAGCAGCUCUGGCCCAGUCUGAGGCUGGACCUGCAGCAGCUCUGGCCCAGUCUGAGGCUGGACCUGCAGCAGCUCUGGCCCAGUCUGAGGCUGGACCUGCAGCAGCUCUGGCCCAGUCUGAGGCUGGACCUGCAGCAGCUCUGGCCCAGUCUGAGGCUGGACCUGCGGCAGCUCUGGCCCAGUCUGAGGCUGGACCUGCAGCAGCUCUGGCCCAGUCUGAGGCUGGACCUGCAGCAGCUCUGGCCCAGUCUGAGGCUGGACCUGCAGCAGCUCUGGCCCAGUCUGAGGCUGGACCUGCAGCAGCUCUGGCCCAGUCUGAGGCUGGACCUGCAGCAGCUCUGGCUCAGUCUGAGGCUGGACCUGCAGCAGCUCUGGCCCAGUUUGGCUGAACCUGCAGCAGCUCUGGCCCAUCUGAGGCUGGACCUGCAGCAGCUCUGGCCCAGUCUGAGGCUGGACCUGCAGCAGCUCUGGCCCAGUCUGAGGCUGGACCUGCGGCAGCUCUGGCCCAGUCUGAGGCUGGACCUGCAGCAGCUCUGGCCCAGUCUGAGGCUGGACCUGCGGCAGCUCUGGCCCAGUCUGAGGCUGGACCUGCAGCAGCUCUGGCCCAGUCUGAGGCUGGACCUGCAGCAGCUCUGGCCCAGUCUGAGGCUGGACCUGCAGCAGCUCUGGCCCAGUCUGAGGCUGGACCUGCAGCAGCUCUGGCCCAGUCUGAGGCUGGACCUGCGGCAGCUCUGGCCCAGUCUGAGGCUGGACCUGCGGCAGCUCUGGCCCAGUCUGAGGCUGGACCUGCGGCAGCUCUGGCCCAGUCUGAGGCUGGACCUGCAGCAGCUCUGGCCCAGUCUGAGGCUGGACCUGCAGCAGCUCUGGCCCAGUCUGAGGCUGGACCUGCAGCAGCUCUGGCCCAGUCUGAGGCUGGACCUGCAGCAGCUCUGGCCCAGUCUGAGGCUGGACCUGCAGCAGCUCUGGCCCAGUCUGAGGCUGGACCUGCUGCGGCAGCUCUGGCCCAGUCUGAGGCUGGACCUGCAGCAGCUCUGGCCCAGUCUGAGGCUGGACCUGCUGCGGCAGCUCUGGCCCAGUCUGAGGCUGGACCUGCUGCAGCUCUGGCCCAGUCUGAGGCUGGACCUGCAGCAGCUCUGGCCCAGUCUGAGGCUGGACCUGCAGCAGCUCUGGCCCAGUCUGAGGCUGGACCUGCUGCAGCUCUGGCUCAGUCUGAGGCUGGACCUGCAGCAGCUUUGGCCCAGUCUGAGGCUGGACCUGCAGCAGCUCUGGCCCAGUCUGAGGCUGGACCUGCAGCAGCUCUGGCCCAGUCUGAGGCUGGACCUGCAGCAGCUCUGGCCCAGUCUGAGGCUGGACCUGCAGCAGCUCUGGCCCAGUCUGAGGCUGGACCUGCAGCAGCUCUGGCCCAGUCUGAGGCUGGACCUGCAGCAGCUCUGGCCCAGUCUGAGGCUGGACCUGCAGCAGCUCUGGCCCAGUCUGAGGCUGGACCUGCAGCAGCUCUGGCCCAGUCUGAGACUGGACCUGCAGCAGCUCUGGCCCAGUCUGAGGCUGGACCUGCGGCAGCUCUGGCCCAGUCUGAGGCUGGACCUGCAGCAGCUUUGGCCCAGUCUGAGGCUGGACCUGCAGCAGCUCUGGCCCAGUCUGAGACUGGACCUGCAGCAGCUCUGGCCCAGUCUGAGGCUGGACCUGCGGCAGCUCUGGCCCAGUCUGAGGCUGGACCUGCAGCAGCUCUGGCCCAGUCUGAGGCUGGACCUGCAGCGGCUCUGGCCCAGUCUGAGGCUGGACCUGCAGCAGCUCUGGCCCAGUCUGACGCUGUGGUCACACUAA